AUGGAGGAAACGUUUGGGUGUGAGUACGAGCUGUUUAUCCAAAUCACAGUUGGUGUAGAGGAGCUAACAUUGGUUGGCACAGUGAUGAUAACAGAGACUUCUAGCUACGGUAAAGACUUCAAAGGCAGUCUCUUUCGUUUUCAGAGUGGUGAACCAGCGACCGUUGUUCCUUCAGCUGGAGAUGUUAUCAUGUACACAGCUGAUGACCGGAAUAUUCAUUAUGUUGAUGAGAUGCGUCCACCAAUGAUGUUAGGCGGUCGCUUGUUUGGAAGAUCAUCUCUUCAAUCUGUUGGUCUCCAAAGACAAAGGGAAGGAGUUGCUGAAAAUGCCCAACCACGUGAACAAAUGGAAGAAUUUGUACCUGUUGAGCUAGAUUCGCGAGUGCUUCACCCAUCUAGAAAGAAUGGAGCUAAAUGGUUGCUGGAAUUUCAAAACAAGGAUGUGUAUUUGGACUUGGAUCACUUCAAAGUGGAGUUUAUGUGCCAUUUGAUGGUUCUACAGUUUCACCACAAGCUGUUUUCUACAGUUUCACCACAAGCUGUUGAAGAUGAGGGUACUUUAACUCACUGA